AUAAUGGCUUAUUUUCCUUUCUGUUUUGAUUCCAUACAAUCCACACCCCCCAAAAAGUACAGGUAGCUAAAAAUAGAGCAGCUUUUCCCUGUGAUUUGUAUCAGUAGAUGUUUUCCAGCUGGUUUUCCCCUACCUGGCUGAUAAACCUGUUAGGUUAUGUUCAUAAACGCGUCACGGGGUGUGUUGAUCAGUACACCUGUAAUGCUGUAAGCAUCACGCCAUUAGUCAGUACUGGAGAAUAGAAACCGAAACUUAUAACAACAGAGAUGGAAAACGAAUCUUAAGUGAGUGGGCGGGCGCUGAUCAGCUGAGCGGGAGUGUAUAUAAAGAGCUGAGCUGAGGCGCUCAGCUGUUGUGUGAGCAUCAUUGUUUACCUAAACACGGUUGAAGACUUCAAGUUUCCGGAGAAGUUUGUUUUGCCUCGAUAAGCCAUCGCAAGACUACAGCCAACAUGGAUAUAACUAUCACUAUGGUGGGUGGGUCCCACACCGUGAGGGUGAACCCACAGGACACAGUUGGCUCUCUGAAAAUAAAAAUCCAGAGCAUGCUGGGAGUCGACCCCCAGAGGCAGAGGCUGGUUUUCAUAAACGGCCAGAAGACCCCUCUCAACGACGACUCCAAACCCAUCAGCUACUACGGCUUACAGCACGGCUCCCAGGUGUCCCUGCUGGUCACCGAGCCUCCUCCCACCCAGGUGUUCCUCAGAAAUGAAAAGGGACAGAUGAGCACCUACGACAUCAGGCUCGACGAGACUGUGAGCAACUUCAAGAACAGAGUCGAGAAAAGAGAGGGGGUGCCAGCGAGCCAGCAGAGGCUCAUUCACCAAGGCCGGGAGAUGCAGGGUGGCAAACUGGAGGACUACAACGUCAGAAACCACAGCACCAUCGACUUGACUUUACGUCUGAGAGGAGGCUGAGGACACUUUAACAUGAUUCAUACACCAGAAAGCCCAUGUAUGUUAUUUAAUUUUAAUGAUAUCGACCAAUCUUGUAUAUAUUUUUUAAUUUAUUAGUGCUUUUAUUUUGAAGAAAAAAAAACAUUCCUCCAGAUUGCACCAUCUGUGUUCAUUAACCAUUCAGUGUUAAAGUUUGUGAUUAAGUCAUACAAACCACUGUGUUACAGAUUGUGUCAUGACAAAUUCAUGUUAACUGGACUAAA